AUGGCAAACAUGAAGGCCUUCCUGUCUUUGCUCCUGCUGGGCCUCGUCAGCUUGGUCCAGGCAUUGAGUUCUACCGGCAACCGUCUGCUGGUAGUCCUCGAGGAAGCCGCUGACAAGUCCAAGUACUCGUCCUUCUUUGGCGAUCUUGAAUCCCGCGGUUACUCCAUCACAUACGAAUCACCAAAGUCCAAGAGUCUCUCGCUGUUCAAGCAUGGCAACCUCGCAUACGACCAUCUCGUCCUACUGCCUCCCAAGUCAAAGGGCUUCGGUCCUCAAUUGACUCCCAACAUCCUGGUCGACUACGUCAACAACAACGGCAACGUUCUGCUCGCCCUCACCGCCGACCAGCCCAUUCCUGCUGCUGUUGCUUCUCUCCUUCUCGAGUUCGAUGUUACCCUUCCUCCGGAGCGUAGCGCCCUUGUUGUCGACCACAUCAACUACGAUACCAACUCGGCUGCCGAUAAGCACGAUGUCCUCCUCAUUCCCGCCCCCAAGACCCUAAAGGCUGGUGUCAAGAACUACUUUGAUGUCGACGGAACCCUUGCUGUCCCUCGCGCUGUUGGCCAGCUUUUGGGCAACGCCAGCCCCCUGCUCGCCCCUGUUCUGCGUGCUCCUGAGACCGCAUACUCGUACAACCCCAAGGAGGAAGAGGCUCUCGAGGACGUCUUUGCUUCCGGCUCUCAGCUGUCGCUCGUCUCCACCUUCCAGGCCAGAAACUCGGCUCGCUUCACUAUUCUCGGUUCCGCCGAGAUGUUGCAAGAUACUUGGUUCGAUGCUCAGGUCAAGGCUCCUCGUGCUUCCGAGACCACCAGCACUUCCAACAAGGCCUUUGCCGAACGUCUGUCUGCCUGGACCUUCCAAGAGAUUGGUGUGCUCAAGGUCGGCAAGGUUCAGCACUAUCUCAACGAGGGUAAAGUCACAGAGUCCACCAACUUGACCGUCUCUGAGUUCCCUGAGAUCAACCCUAUCAUGUACAGAAUCAAGAACGAUGUCCAUUUCUCGAUCGAAGUGUCAGAGUACAAUGGUGACCGUUGGAUUCCCUUCCUUCCUGCUGCUGGAGACUCUCUUCAGCUUGAAUUCAGCAUGUUGUCUCCCUUCCACCGUUUGACCCUGGAGCCUGUCUCGCCUACCACCAACAGCACCAUCUUCAGCACCAGCUUCACCGUACCCGACCAGCACGGUAUCUUCAACUUCAUUGUCAACUACAAGCGUCCUUUCCUUAGCAAUGUCUACGAGAAGCGCACUGUCACCGUCCGCCACUUUGCUCACGACGAGUGGCCGCGCAGUUUCGUUAUCAGCGGUGCUUACCCCUGGAUCGCUGGUAUCGGUGUCACAGCCAGUGGCUGGCUGAUCUUUGUCGCCGUCUGGCUCUACAGCAAGCCUGAUGAGUCCAAGGCUAAGAAGACGCAAUAG